CUAAAUUUACCGUCUGCGAUAUGGUGCCACUGCUGUGAGUCGCAACUUCUCUCAGUGUACAGUUGCACGCUCGGUGGCGUGUCGAGAGGCUGCGUACGGAGCGUUCCCCGGUUGGUUGAAACACCAUGUUUACUACACUGCUACUGGCCGGUCUAGAAGCGCACCGGGAACGGAUCGGUCAAGCAGCGGGGCUACUGACGGUCGCCCAGUACUUGGCGGGAUGGUUUAUUUGUAGCGACAUUAGGCGCCGCGGCACAUCGGCCGGCGUUUCACCGCUUCGCUUCAUCGGUGGCUGUGGACUCUCCAUCCUUCAGCUGCAGUACUCCGAGAAGCUUCACGCACCGGCACUCAUCUGGACCAGCAUUUUCACGCUGGCCUUUUCGCUGCUUUACUCACUGUGGUUCUGGUGGUACACGCCACCGAGCGGGCGAGGUGCACUCUACCGGCUCACGGCGGCUGUGGCGUCUGUUACAGCUGGUCUGUACGCAUAUGGCGCCCAGGGCGAUGGUCCCGACGUGAUGUACCGGCUGGGCAUGGUACUGACCGUGCUCGCACUCGCUUUCAUAGCCCUACCGCUGGCUCAGUUGCGUUCGAUUAUUCGCGCCAAAAGCAGCGCCGGCCUGCCCCUGCCUGCGAUACUCGCUUCCACCGGUGCAACCGUGCUGUGGCUUUUGUACGGACUGCUCAUCAACAACACGUUCAUAGUGGUCCAGAAAAUCAUAGCCAUGGGUCUGUGCACGGUUCAGCUAUCGUUGUUUAUCAUUUAUCCAGCAUCCACCAGCAGUGGUGGUGAGAAGAAAAAGCAAAGAUAAUCCCCUGGCGGGCCGAGUGGGUUUGGUAGAAAAAUCCCUUUUCGAAGGAGGGAUCUUGCUGAGGGUUGCGAGGAAGCGGAAAAGCUGUCCAACUGGCUGGACUACGGCUGAUAAGGCGCAUCAUGUACGCGAAACGAAAUCAGCGUUUGCUACAGAUGGUUGUGCUACAGAUGAUGUGUUUGUGAAAGGGUGGUUGUUUAUAGACAACUAUUGUAUCUGGCAGCUAACAAAAUUUUGGUUUUUGGUUUUAGGUUGAAUUUUAUAAAGCGUGAGGUUCUAAUGGCAGUAAACACACAAAAACGUUUAAAGAAAGGAUAAAUUGAAAAUAAAUACAAACAAAACAUUCAACAGCAUUAACAAAAUUA